AAUGCGGAAAAAUAUCUAUCAGAACUGAAUCUAUGCAUCUACUAUCUAUCAAGACAGCAGUGCCCAUGUAAACAUACAUAUAUUUUACCCCUCUUCUCCUGGCUCACUAAUCUAUGCAAGUAAAGAGGGGUGGCUACCAAAGUUACUUAUUUACUGAAUUAAGCUUAUACUCGGCCAAUCAAUUGAAAUGGUGAGAGAAACCCUAGCUUCUUCUUCCGGCAACCUCUCCGCCGCAUCGCCGCCGGCGGAGGAUGAGUGGUCUAAUACUUAUCAAAGAUUACUCCCCCGGUGGAAACAAUCAACCCCAUCUCACCAGUCAAGUAUUCCUGUUACAAUAUCUAGAGUCAAUCAGGUCGAUGCAGGGCGGCUGGACAUUGAAAUGUCAGCCAUGUUGAAAGAACAGUUACUUAAAGUUUUUUCUUUAAUGAAGCCAGGAAUGAUGUUCCAUUACGAACCGGAGCUUGAUGCUUUCCUUGAAUUCCUUAUUUGGAGAUUUUCGAUAUGGGUUGAUAAGCCUACUCCUGGAAAUGCUCUAAUGAAUUUAAGAUAUAGGGAUGAACGUGCCCUGGAAACGAGAGGAAAAUUUAGAACGGGUUUGGAAGGACCUGGACUUACCUUCGCUCAAAAGUUAUGGUACUGUGUUGCUACUGUUGGUGGUCAAUAUAUAUGGGCUCGUCUUCAAUCAUUUUCUGCUUUUCGUAGAUGGGGAGAUUCUGAACAGAGGUCACUAGCACGGAGAGCAUGGUUUCUGAUACAGCGUAUAGAAGGCUUUUACAAGGCUGCAUCUUUUAGCAACCUACUUAUAUUUCUUUAUACCGGAAGGUAUAGAAAUCUUAUUGAGAGAGCACUCCGAGCAAGACUUGUGUAUGGAAGCCCUCACAUGAACCGAGCUGUUAGUUUUGAGUACAUGAAUCGCCAGUUGGUGUGGAAUGAAUUUUCAGAAAUGUUGUUAUUGCUUCUUCCUCUUCUCAAUUCCUCAUCUGUUAAGAAUUUUCUUCUACCAUUCGGCAAGGAUAAAUCUUCAACUUCUGCAGAGGAUGAAACUUUAUGCCCCAUUUGUCAGGCAAAUCCAACUUUACCCUUCUUGGCACUUCCAUGUGAGCACAGAUAUUGUUACUACUGUCUUCGAACAAGGUGCUCCGCGACUCCGUCAUUUCGAUGCUCCAGAUGCAAUGAACCAGUUAUUGCCAUGCAACGGCAUGGAGGCCCGACAAACAGUGCUAGUAAAGGUGAAUGAAUAUUUUUUAGAAAGGAUAUGGGAAAUCAGAAAGGACAAUGGCUAGUGUGCAAUUUACAAAGAUGUAUAAGAAGUGCCUAAAAGCGGCACUUUAAUUCAAUUGAGGAAUCCAGAGGCAUUCCUCUUCAAAUAAGUACAUUCAUUCUUUAAAAGGUUAUUAUCCGAGGUGGUAGUUGCAUCA